GACUGGGAGAAGCGUGUACAGACUUUGCUCCUCAAUGUCCCCACCAAGGCAGGCCCCGACCAGGACCAGGCUGUGCGCCAGGUCAGGGAUUGCGUGGCUGAGCGAUGGGUGCUUCUGCGCGAUUCCUUCCCCAACCAGCUCGAGUUCAAAGAAAAAAGCAAGGAUUUCCAAGCAAGCCUGGACUCCUUGAGGGACAUCCAUGGUCCGGAGAUUCCCUUUGCGCCGUCCCCACCGACGUCGAAUUUGGUACAAGCAGAAGAGGCAGAUGCGCCCUGUCUGACUGCAGAGGAUGCCGAAGUUCUCGAUGCGCAGAAUCAGAAGCCGACAUGCCUUUUGCAUGAGUUUGCUUUCUUGAAAACUGCAGACGGCGUGUACACAGUCUUAGUGGUGCCCGAACAGAACCGCUGCGAGGGUUACCAGCACUACCUGGCUGUUGCUGAGUGGUGGCCUCUUCGAACACCCUUCAGCCAAUGGUACACAAAGAACUUCACGUCCGUGUUUCUUCCCUUGUGUCAACAACUCGAAGUGGGUGAAGGGCACGUCCUGCGACGUCCCACAUACAAGGGGCAUGUGCAGUCGGCUGUGUCGCUGCCCGUGGAUGGGACAACAGUGCUCGGAGCUGUCCUUGUGUUGGCGUGUGUGCUUCCCACUGCCACCCUAACGGGUGACGCAGUGCAAUCCUGCUGGCGAGUGCUGCAGUCCCUUGAAGCACACAUGCAACUCAACGUCAGUCUGCAGCUCUUGCCUCACGAGCCGGUUUUCAGCCUGAAGCUGGAGAACGGCAUGGCUUUGACGAGCGACCUCAAGAAGAUUUUGAGAGAGAUCGAACUGCCCUGGUGCAGGUUUGCUCGCAAACUACCAAAGUCAGUGGAUCGUUCCAUGCCCUUCAGCGCCAUCCUCAUAGCUCUACUGCGACUUCGCAGCGACUCCGUGUGCUGGCAGAGCCUUCCAUUUCGACGACUCUGCAAGAGAUCGCUACACUUGUUCUGCCAGCAUGCCUCACGUAUGCUGGGAUCCAAGAUCACAUCCGAGUGUCCGCUGCCGGACAUAGCGGCAAAAUAUCACCCGUAUAUGAAAACGUCCCGCAUGAGAGGCAACAAGUGCUUGGAAAUGAGCUUGAUACAGAAAUUCAUGACACGGGGGGGAGGCUUCGUGUCGGCGAAGCAAGAGACGAUGCUGUCCGACCUGGGCCUGGUUAAGCAUCGCACCGCCUUUGCCAACAAGACCAGCACGGAGUUCGUGGCCAGAAAUCUCCUUCGGACCGCCGAGUACGUCAGCAGCGUCAUUGAGAGACAAAGUCUGAAGACUGUGAACAUUUGCUUCGAUACUGCGAGAGUUUGCCACGAGGACGUCCUUUCCCUCGUUUUCCGUAUGGACGGACGCCAGUUUGCUGGCAGCAUGCAAAUGCUCUCUGCAAGCGCUGCCUCGGCAAGUGAGAUCCACAAGGGCUCCUUCGCCUUCAAGCAGUUCAGAACGAAGACAAAGCAGAUGCUUUGCGCUGUAGCGAAUUCUUUGCAGCAAGCCCUGCCGACUGGCUUCACACUCCUGCAGGCCAAACCUUCGCACGAGCUGCUGCCGUGCGGUCCACAUGGCCAGCGCUUCCGAUUGAUGCCACAGGAGGCGGAAGCGAUGGGCUUGCCGGAGGACGACAAAUGCAGAUUCUUCGUGUACGACUUCGACAGCCACGUCCCGCGCAAAGACUUCCUUGACAACGACGACUUUUACCACUUAUGUUUCGCAGCAGACGAGGGAACUGAGGGAUGGUUGGCCUACCAGCACCUGGCAUCGCAGAACACAUGGGUCUCCUGGUGGAGCGACCCCUUCCACAAGGCUGCUCGCAAAACUGCUUUGGCCAUUCGCUUGGCAGGCUGUGAGCCUUUCGUGAAGAGCGUCAUGAAACUCAGUCGGUUCACUCGCGGACCCUUCAAGUCCAGCAAAUUCGGGCAGUUGAUCUCCGAUGCGCGGAGCCACAUACUGCGUGUACUGAGGACAGGGAAGGAUCAUGACAUGGUGACGCCCUGGUUGACAGGCAUGGCUCGAGACUGCGAAAGUCCAUUGCGCUCCUCAGACUUCCCUGCUGAGAACUUUGAUCAUGCAGUGGCGUAUUCGCUGCUCAAGGCCGAAGAAGGCAGGCAACCUGUGCAUGAGUCAGAGGUUUCCCUCGGUCCAAACUUUUGUCCCCGAUUCUGUGAGGCCGCCUGCACGUGA